AUGGCGACGCGGCGCCACGCCCUCCUCCUCCUCCUCGCCGCCGCCUUCGCGUCUCUCCUCGCGCUCGCGGCAGCUGAGGGCGCCGAAGAGGGGCCCCGCGGGCGGCGGCUGCUCGUCCUCCUGGACGACCUGGCCGUGCGGUCGUCGCACUCGGCCUUCUUCGGCUCGCUCCAGGCGCGCGGGUUCGAUCUCGACUUCCGCCUCGCCGACGACCCCAAGCUCUCGCUCCACCGCUACGGCCAGUACCUCUACGACGGCCUCGUGCUUUUCGCCCCCUCCACCCCACGUUUUGGUGGAUCAGUGGACCAGAACGCAGUCCUCGAAUUUAUCGAUGCUGGGCAUGACAUGAUCCUGGCGGCAGAUUCCUCCGCCUCUGAUCUUAUUCGUGGCAUUGCAACAGAGUGCGGGGUUGAUUUUGAUGAGGAUCCAGAGGCAAUGGUUAUUGACCACAUUAACUAUGCCGUCACGGAUGUUGAAGGUGAUCACACCUUGAUUGCUGGUGAUGAUCUUAUCCAGUCUGAUGUGAUACUGGGGUCUAAAAAGAUUGAGGCUCCUGUAUUGUUUCGAGGAAUUGGACACAUGGCUAAUCCAUCAAACAGUUUGGUUCUGAAAGUCCUAUCCGCCUCUCCAUCAGCAUAUUCAGCUAACCCAAAGACUAAGUUGUCGUCUCCUCCAUCGCUCACUGGGUCAGCUAUAUCAUUGGUUUCGGUUAUGCAGGCAAGAAAUAAUGCCCGGGUGCUGAUAUCUGGAUCACUCGAUCUGUUUAGCAACCGGUUCCUGAAGUCUGGUGUUCAAAAGGCUGGUAGCAAAACGAGAUAUGAGAGGGCUGGAAAUGAGCAAUUUGUGACCGAGACAAGCAAAUGGGUUUUCCAUGAGAGGGGGCAUCUAAAGGCUGUUAAUGUUAAGCAUCACAAGGUUGGGGAGACCAAUGAACCAGGCAUGUACCGCAUAAAUGAUGACCUGGAAUACUCUGUUGAGAUCUAUGAAUGGUCUGGAACAAGCUGGAAGCCAUAUGUUGCUGAUGAUGUGCAACUUCAAUUUUUUAUGAUGAGUCCUUAUGUUCUGAAAACUAUGUCGACUGACAACAAGGGUUUAUAUUCAACAUCCUUCAAAGUUCCUGAUGUUUAUGGAGUUUUCCAGUUCAAAGUUGAGUACCAAAGAUUGGGAUAUACUGGUCUGUCUUUUACAAAGCAGAUUCCAGUACGCCCUUACAGGCAUAAUGAGUAUGAGAGAUUCAUAACAUCAGCUUACCCAUACUACACUGCCUCAUUUUCAACAAGGAUAAUCCCCUCCAAUCCAUAUGCAUUGGGAGCUAUUGAGAGGGAAAUAAGUUCAUUUUCCACUUCAAUCCACAUGUACUGUGCAUAUGGGUGCUUUCUUCAUAUUCUCACUUGUGUACCUGUACCACAAAUAAAGUAUUCAUCGGCGCACAAGUUUCUGGAGACUGAUGCGACCUAG